UCCAUCCCAAGUGGCGGCGGAAACUCGUGCUAUGUCUGCCGUGUGCAGAAUCGGUACCUUGCCUGCGCGUUUCGCGCGCGGCGCAACCAAGUUAGGGUCUCGCAGGGUUGCAAGCCAUGCGAAGCCUGGUCGAAUCGCUAUUCGAGCUAUGGCCUCCUCCUUCCAUGAUUUCAAGGGCAAAACCCUUGGAGGAGGCACCCGGGACGAUCCCCAAGUUGGUACAGAUUUCGACUUUGCUCAACUCAAAGGAAAAAUCGUGCUCGUAAAUAAUUUUGGUCAUCAGUGUUAUGACAAAGACUUUGAGCUCAUGAACACACUCAAGUAUGUACGCCCAGGCGAUGGCUAUGUUCCAAAGUUCCAGAUAAUGGCAAAGUGUGUCGUGAACGGCGAAGGCGAAGAGCCCCUUUGGACGUAUCUCAAAUCCGCGUUACCUUCCCCUUCUGACGAUCGCGCGGGUAUGGGUGCAGACUUCAUCUAUGACAUACAACCAAACACGAUGCCAAUUCAAUGGUCUCCAGUUCGACGAGCUGACAUCACCUGGAACUUCGAGAAAUUCUUGAUCAACCAAGAUGGCAUUCCUGUCAAACGGUACAGCCCAAAGUAUGAGAAUGCAGACAUUUCCGCGGAUAUCGAUGCCCUACUUGUUGAUCCCAACGCCCUCCUCUAGGAGACCUGGAAUUUAAAAGAGGCUGUUGCAGGUUUUUGAGCCCUCACUCCAAAUUUGUUGCCAUUUUGGCUUCGGAACGAUUCCACCGUUUUGCUUAAGAAACACGGCUGCAGCUCCAUGAAUGCUUGAGUGCCAAAGUUGUGCUACAUUUGGCACAAGCACUCAAGCCUGAUUCCUGCAGUUCUUGAUGUUGACGGCUGUGAAACAAACAUUUAUUCCAAUAUUUUCUUAACUUCUC